UUUUUUCCUUCAUGUUUUAUAUAAGACAUAUUUCUUUGCGCGCACGUCAUAUAAUGGAGUCUUUUACUGUGCCGGGCGAUCAACGCCGCGAGUUCACACCGUCAUACAACCUGAACUGAAUCCCAAUCCUAUCAAGAAUUAUAAAUCACUGAGAAUCCCAAAUCUUGAAACCCUAAUUUCCCCUUCUUAGUAAAGAAGAAUCACAGUGAGUAGCGAAAUGGCUUCAUCAGAAAUCGAAAUCGUAUCGGACUCGAAUGAUCAGAAGAACUCGGGACAAAGACCUAACGAAGUGGUCAUAAUCGAUGUUUUCGGCGCUUCUGCUUACGGCGAUUUCGAGAAAUUGCGAAAAUACGUCGAAGAAGACGGUGUUUCUCUCUCUCAAGCGGACGGUAACGGCUAUUACGCUCUUCAGUGGGCUUGUCUGAACAAUUUUGCUGCCAUCGCGCAAUAUAUUAUUGAGCACGGUGGUGAUGUGAAUGACGCUGACAACGCGAAGCAGACGGCACUGCACUGGGCAGGAGUUCGGGGUUCGAUUGCAGCUGCAGAUGUUUUAUUGCAGAGUGGGGCUCGUGUUGAGGCAGCUGAUGUAAAUGGUUAUCGGGCAGUUCAUGUUGCAGCUCAAUAUGGACAAACAGCAUUUUUAUAUCACAUUGUUGCUAAGUAUCAUGCUGAUUUUGAUGCACCAGAUAAUGAUGGAAGGAGCCCUCUUCAUUGGGCUGCAUACAAGGGAUUUGCAGAUACAAUUAGAUUACUUCUAUUUAGAGAUGCACAUCAAGGGAGACAAGAUAAAGAAGGUUGUACCCCUCUGCACUGGGCUGCUUUAAGAGGAAAUGUGGAGGCAUGCACUGUACUUGUACACGCAGGCACAAAGCAGGAAUUAGUGGUGAAAGAUAAUGCUGGAUUUACUCCAAUACAGAUUGCGUCUGAUAAAGGUCAUCGGCAUGUUGCUUAUUUCCUUUCUAAUGCAUGGCGUGCUCACAGUCGCAGCAAGCGUUGGGAAGGCGUUUUCAUUGGGAAAGUAGGGGAUAUAGGUUUUGCCCCUCUUUUGUUCUGUAUAUUUUUAUGUAACCUAGUCCUCUUCAUCAACUCCAUUCUUUUUGCUCCCAAUCUCAGAAAGAUUACUGCUGCUGUUGGACUUUGGGGAUGGAUUACUGUUUCUUUAGCACUUGGUUCAAUGAUGAUGUUCUAUCGUUGCAGCAGUAAAGAUCCAGGUUACAUAAACACAUCAGGAGAGUUGCGGGACCAUCCGGAUGUAGAGGAUCCUUUGUUGAAUAUUGAUCUGAACAGUUCCUCCAUAUGGACUGGAAAUUGGUCUCAACUUUGCCCUACCUGCAAGAUAAUUAGACCUGUUCGCUCUAAGCACUGCUCUUCGUGCAAGCGCUGUGUGGAACAGUUUGAUCAUCACUGCCCCUGGAUCUCUAAUUGUGUGGGGAAGAGGAAUAAAUGGGACUUCUUUGUUUUUCUCUGCAUGGGAAAUUUGACAACCUUCCUUGCUUUUGUUGUUGCUGUUCAAAGAAUUUGGACAGUAGCACCAGCAGUGCCAUCUGAAGAAACAUGGAUGCUUUUUGUGGUAUUUCAAUAUCCUGGUAUCGUUGCUUUUCUAGUGAUGGACACUAUUAUGUUUAUUGCUGCUGCAGUUUUGAUGAUAGCACAAGCCUCCCAGAUUGCUCAGAAUAUCACCACAAAUGAAUUAGCAAAUGCUGUACGUUAUGGGUAUCUUCGUGGUCCAGAUGGGCAGUUCCGGAACCCAUAUAACUAUGGGUGCUGGAAAAAUUGUGCAGAUUUCCUGAUUAAUGGCUACACGGAUGAUAAUGAAAUUGCUUGGCCGCCUUUGCAGCAGAUCGCCAGGUAGAGAAGUAUUGUCGAUCAUGAAGAUAAAUUGCAGUUGAUAGAAUUGCAAAUCCUGGCCAUCCCAUAAUCGUUGUUAAUAUCCCACCUUGUUCACCUCCAAAACAGUGUAAUUUUGACUUUGUUUGCCGCAUAUGUACAGAUCUAUACCAAGAAGUAAUAAUGAAUUGUGAUUGUUUUGUAAUAUUUUCUUUCAUUAAAAUAGAUACGUGGGUCUCCCUUUAAGCGAGACACUCGUGAGCUUGAGAAUGGAGCUGUUUUCCUGCGGUUUUCUUCUCUCCAUCCCCAAAAGUGUCACAAUCAUCUUAGCCAAGACUAGACAAUGGCUUAGUGACAAGUUUUAUUUGUAGUUGCAU